CUCCCAGCAAAACACCCACCGUAAACACAAGAGAGACCUGUCACAGAUGGGAAUAUGGACUUGUAUUAGUCAUUUACAUCGGGAAAAACUUGCUGAAUUGGAGUAACAGUGAGACAUGGGGACAAACAACCAAGAUGUGGCAUGUUACUUGGUUACAAAGCACUCCGCUUGGAAGGGCAAGUACAAACGCAUUUUUAGCGUUGGCAAUGCAGGGAUUACCACCUAUAACCCUGGUAGCAUGGAAGUCACCAACCAGUGGUAUUACAAUGACUUUAUCAACAUAACACCAGCCUUGAAGGGCGUAGGCCAGGUCCCAAAUGAAUUCAUCAUAACUAUGAGGAAGGGCAAGAAAGUGGACAACAUGCGUUUCUCUUCAGAACAUCGAACAGAUAUAAUAUCAGAAGCCUUAAUAUUCAGACACAGCUUUGCAGAGGGAAUUGUAGAUAACCUGCGAGCCAAUGCCCAGAAGGUCCACUGGUCAGAUGCAAGGCAUCCUGUCAUUCUGGAGGUCACUCCCUGCUCUGUUGAACAGCUUGAUGCUACAACCGGUGCUCCUCUUGCAUCCUACAUGUUCAAGGAUAUAGAGGCCCUUGUACCAGUAACGGGCCUUCCUGGAGGGUUGUGCAUUCAGAGUGGAGGAUUUGGUAGAUUACACAUCUUCUCAACAGACCGUCGAGAUGAAAUUCUAAAGAAGGUUGAAGAUAAUGCAAAGAAAUAUGUUGGUAUCAGCAUAAAUGCCAAGAAAGUGUGUAUCACAUUACAACAAGCACAGGAACUCAGAGUUGGUAAAUACAGUGGGGAUGAACACAUCACAUCUCUGUGUGAAUUCACAGUCCAUAAAGUGAGUCGCCGUCACAAUGACCCAGUAAGAAGAACGCUCUGUAUUAGUGAAUCCUGUUUGUUAGAACGUGACCCUAAUUCCUAUGCCAUUGUCACCUUGAAACCACUCUCGGAUAUAUUUGCUCUAGUCCGCCACCAAGAAAAUCCACAAAUGCUCACAGUAGAAUAUGUAAGAGGAGGCAACAGGGUUUAUACAUCAUCUGACCGUGAUGCCUUAUUAGCAUCACUGAUUGAUGGCGUCCGAGCCUCUGGCAACCUAGAUGUUCAUGUCCGAAUGACACCAACUCCAAGAGGGAAGAGGCUUGGUCCUCUCGAAGUUCCUGUAGAUGAGGAAGUAGAAUCCAUGCACCUCAAGUUUAUUCAACAGCCUCCUCCUGGAUGGACUUUUGCUGAAGCAGUUGAAAGAUUUAAUGUAAAUGUUUCUUAUUCUGGGCUGCUACAUGCUGUGACUGCUGAGGGUUUAUUUGCUGAAAAUAAAGAAAAAUUAAUAACUGGUGCCUUAGGGGCACUUGUGCUCCGAGAAGGAGAUCAAGCAACAUUACCAGCUGAAGAAGUUGAGGCACAGUUCCAUGCCCUGCGUAGAUUAGUUGCAUCAAAAGCAGGUUUUGCUUCUCUAACAUCACUCCCUAGGUUCCGAGAAAAAGUGGGCUGGAAAGUAGUUAAGGCACUGCAGAGAAAUAAUGAUGGAAUUAAUCAUGCGGCAAUUGAUAUGCUGUGUGCACUCAUGCAGCCCAUGCAUGACAAUCCCGAUCUAAAGCAAGAACAGUUGAACAAAGCUUCUCUUCUAGCCUCACCAACAUUUCAAGAGAAACUAUUGGAAAAUUGGGUCCAUCAUGUGUCUCAUGGAACUGGUGCACUUGUUGUAUUGGCGAUGUUGGACUUUUUAACUUUCGCUCUCUGCGCCCCAUAUAGUGAAACAACUGAUGGUGCCCACUUUGAUCGUUUGUUAGAAAUGGUGGCAGAUAAUGGGAGGUCACUCUACAGGCUCUUCCAGCAUCCAUCUCUAGCCAUUGUUAAAGGUGCAGGAUUGGUAAUGAAGGCUGUUAUAGAAGAAGGUGAAGGUGACAUUCCAGCUCGUAUGCAACUCUUAGCACUAACAGAAGGAGCUCUGCCUAGACAUCUGUACACUGCACUCUUCACUCAAACAUCAGAUGGCAGACUCCUCACUCAUCGUCAGCUUUCACGCCAUCUUGUUUCCCUGUGGGCAGCAGAAAACCCAUCUGCAGUUGAUCUUUUAGGACGGACAGUGCCACCAGGUCUUUUAGCCUUCUUGGAGAGCAAGGAAACUGUGCCAUUAGAUGACAUAGAUCGUUUGAACACAAGGGAUAACCUAAAGAUUGCAGAAGAUGAUGAGGAAAGAAAUAAGAAAAACCAAGUUUUAGAAACCUUGGACAGAGCAUAUAAGACAUCCGUCAAAAAAGUAGAAAGUUUGGUGGAAAAGCACAUGGAUUUUGCCUUACAACAUUGGCGUUCUCGAAUGAAGAAGGAAAAGUCAGUCGAGGAGAAAUUCAGAGAGCGACCACUAGUGCUGCGCAAAAGAAGAGAAAAGUUAAAGGCAACAGCAAAUUGGCCUUUAUUCUAUUACAAAUUCAACAGGGAUCAUGCUCUUCCCAAUUUGAUUUGGAAUUACAAAACACGAGAGGAAUUGCGUGUAGCCUUGGAAGCAGAGAUACGUGCCUUCAAUGAGGAUCGUGACGUGCGAGGAAACAUGGUUAUUGCAUGGAACCACCUGGAGUUUGAAGUUAGCUACCCAUCACUGAAAGAUGAGAUUAAGAUUGGUGACUAUUAUCUGAGAAUCUUACUGGAGCAGGAAAAUAGUACUUCACCUGAGGAUUCUCCCAUUAGAAGAUCAUAUGAGUUUUUCAAUGACCUGUACCAUCGCUUUCUGUUAACACCAAAAGUGACUAUGAAGUGCCUGUGUUUGCAAGCCAUGGCCCUUGUUUAUGGACUACAUCACAGUGAUAUUGGUCCCUUUAAUGAUACACGUUACAUUGUUACCAUGCUGUCACGCACUUGUGAUAAAUUAGAGAGAGACAGAUUACUCCUUUUCCUAAAUAAGCUGAUUCUUGAGAAGGCCAAUGUCCGGGAGGUAGUGGAAGCUGGUGGAGUGCGCAUCCUCUCUGAUCUCCUAACUCUCGCCCACCUUCACGUCAGUCGUGCUGUAAUGCCCACCCAGUCAAAUGUAAUUGAAGCUUCCCCAGAUAUGGCCAGAGACACAGAGAAGGAAUGGUACUAUCAGGGCACCAACAAAGAGCGUGCUGGCCCCUUCAGCUUCAAGGAACUGAAGGACUUCUGGGCAGAUGGCACACUCUCCUUGAAGACCCUAUGUUGGGCGCAAGGCAUGGAUGGUUGGCAUCCACUAAAUAACAUUCCUCAGUUGAAGUGGUCGUUGGCUGCUACGGGUAAUGCAGUAAUGACAGAAAGUGACUUAGCCACCCUCAUCCUGAAUAUGCUCAUCACCAUGUGUAGAUACUUCCCUUCACGAACAGAGGAUGGAGCUGUGAUAAGACCUCUUCCACGUAUCAAGAACUUACUAUCUACUCCUCUCUCCAUGCCACAUAUUGUUCAGUUGCUGCUCACAUUUGAUCCAAUAUUAGUGGAGAAGGUGGCAACUCUUCUAGUAGAGAUUAUGCAAGACAAUCCUCAUCUGUCCACUAUUUAUACAACAGGAGUCUUCUUCUUCAUUCUUAUGUACAUGGGAUCCAAUGUUUUGCCUAUUGGACGCUUUCUUCACAUGUCUCACAUGCAACAGGCUUUCAGAGCUGAAGAGAACCUGGGUGGUGAUAUUAUGCAGCAGAGCAUACUGGGUCAGAUCCUACCUGAGGCCAUGGUGUGCUACCUGGAAAACUAUGGUCCAGACAAGUUUGCUGAGAUAUUCCUAGGAGAAUUUGAUACACCAGAGGUAAUAUGGAGUAAUGAGAUGCGAAGACUAAUGAUUGAGAAGCUUGCUUCUCACCUGGCUGACUUCACUCCAAGAUUGAUGAGCAAUAAUCGGGCUCUGUACCAGUACUGCUCCAUUCCACAUAUCACUUACCCACAGCUUCAGUAUGAACUUUUCUGUGACAUUUAUUACCUGAAGCAUCUGUGUGAUAUUGAGCGCUUCCCAGACUGGCCAAUUAAAGAUCCUGUUGCACUUCUGAAGCGAGUCUUAGCAGCCUGGAGAAGUGAAGUGGAAAAACAGCCAUCAACUUUGAGUGUCGAAGAUGCUUACACAGAAUUAGGCCUAGAGCAAGAUACACGUCACGAUGAUGCCAAAAUACGCAAAGCCUACUUUAGGCUGGCCCAGAAGUACCAUCCAGACAAGAAUCCUGAUGGACGGGAUAAAUUUGAGCGUGUGAAUAGAGCAUAUGAGUUUCUGUGCAGUAGAUCAGCACAUUCUGUGGAUGGCCCUGAUCCCAAAAAUAUUUUGUUAAUCAUUAGAACACAGAGCAUCCUCUUCUCAAGAUAUAAGGAUGUGUUGGCGCCUUACAAGUAUGCGGGAUACCCAAUGCUAAUCAAGACCAUCCAGUUAGAGGCCGAUGAUGAGCAGCUCUUCAGCAAAGAAACAUCCCUCCUAGCAGCAGCUGCAGAAUUGACUUACCACACCAUUAACUGCUCUGCUCUGAAUGCAGAAGAGCUGAGAAGAGAGAGGGGAUUAGAGGUGCUUCAAGGUGCAUACAACCGCUGUGUAAAUGUGCUAAAUGCUAGCAGCAAACCUGGUGAUGUUGCAGUACAAGUUUGUAUCAAUAUUGCACGUUGUUAUACAGCUGCCGCAUCCUUCCCCAUGUGCCGCGAGAAGCUCAUCGAAAUGUCUCACUUUAUCAAGGACCUGUGCCACACACUCUAUUUCAAGAACCUCCUUCGUGUUUGCUUGGUGGGUGUCGAGUGUGUGUCAGCUCUGGCAGUCGACCACAUCCUUCAGAUGAACCUCCUUCAAGCAGGCAUCAUAUGGCACCUCCUCCUCUUCCUCUUCUCAUAUGACUACACCUUGGAUGAGGGAGGCGUCUCCAAAAGUGAAGAGUCGAACCAACAGGAGAUGAGUAAUCAGCUUGCAAAGUUGUCCCUUUGUGCUUGUGGUCGUUUGGCUGGCCUGUAUACAAAGGAGGAAGAAACUACCCCUUCCAACACAGUUAUUCAUGGGGUCCUGCAGAAGCUCCUAACACCCUAUGUUGUGUCCCUCAUACCUGCAAUGUCAUCAGAAGAGGUGUUGAAAAUCCUCACAAGUAAUGUGCAAACUCCAUAUCUCAUCUGGGAUAAUGGAACUCGCACACAGCUUAUUGACUUCCUAACUGAGAACCAGCAGGCACAUGUGCGCACUGGACAGUCUGACCCAGAAUAUGGAGCAGCGUUUGAAUUUGAUGCACACAAAGAUGAGCUCAUUAUCGGAGGAGUCUUCAUACGUGUGUAUAAUGAGCAACCAACAUUCCUAAUACAGAAACCCAAAGAACUCACUCUGGAGUUGCUUCAGUACAUUGGUGGAGAAACUCAGUAUGUCCACUCCCUCUUGUCAUUGUCUGCUGCAUCUGUGUCUCACCCGAGACUGGCGCGAGUUGGGGAUGCACUGCGAGCCCUGGUCAAUGUCAUUAAAAAUAAUCCAGGUGUGGAGAUGCAAUGCAUUGGUCACUUCAAGCUACUGUUUUCCUUGUUACGCCUUGAAGGAUGUGUAUCUGUACAGCAGUGUGUGUUGGCUGUAGUGGAGGGUGUCACUGGCAAUGCAGACUGUGUUAGUGAUAUUGCAGCAUCAGAAGUGUUGGUGUACCUGAUGUUGGCCUUACACUCUCCUUCGCUCAUCCCAGACCGCAUGACAGCUCUCAACAUACUGCAUGCACUCAUGUCUAACACCAAGAUUGUGAAGGAAGCAUUAAACAAAGGAGCUGUCAUGUACCUUCUGAACAUAUUCUGCUCCUCGGAUGAUUCCGAAGUGCGCGAGAAAACCGCAGAACUCAUGGGCAAGAUGACAUGCGAUAAGCUGGUGGGGCCUCGCGUGAGACUGAUUCUGAACAAGAUCCUUCCCUCUGCCCUGGUAGACCAGAUGAGAGACUCGCCAUCCACUGCGGUCCACAUGUAUGAAGCGCAGCACGAAAACCCUGAGCUAAUCUGGACUGACGAAUCGAGGGUCAGGGUGACAGAGACCGUUUCAAGAUUAGUGGAAGAGAUUCACUUGCAACAAAAGGAAGAUCCAAAUGCUGUAUGGAAGUUUCCAGAAGAAAUCACCUUAUCCUCAACCUCAGGAGAGGUGGUGGUGGGUGGUGUAUACCUACGGCUCUUGGUUGCGAAUCCUUCCUGGGUUCUGCGGAAGCCAAAGCAGUUUACAUCAGAUCUCUUUGAUACACUCUUGGAUCUUCUUGCAAAGGGAGGCAAUGAUGCUGAGACCCUUGAGCUAGUUGUGAACACAGUGGUUUCAGUAUUAAUUGCUCAGCGUAAUCUGUUGGAGUACCUGCCACAGUUGGGUCAUAUUCCCAGGCUUGUGUCUUACCUUUCCUCAAAAAAUCUGACAGUGGCUAGAGCUGCUACUCUUGCUACACAUCAGUUUACACACAAUCAGGUGUGUGGCAAUAUUCUCGAGGGCACUGAAGUUGUGGCAGGAUUGGUGUCGGCCAUGAAGUUACGUCCUGACAUUGUGGGUGUGGCGUGUGAAGCCUUACACAAUCUUUUCUCAGGAAGUGGGUUAUCAGGAACAGCCCUUGUAGAACAGGGACUUCGGGCUAAUGUCAUACCUUUUCUCUUGUCUCUUCUUGAUGCUAAACUACAAGUCCAAAAUCCAGCAUCCACUAAAGCUCAGAUUGUUACUUGCCUGAAAACCAUGGCAGCCUCACCACAACAUUCUGAAGAGGUUGUGGCACUCCUCGAGAAGUCUCCAGUGUGGGCGCAGUAUAGAGACCAGAAGCACGACCUGUUCUUGGACUCGGCACCAGUGGCUGGAUACUUGACGGCUGGUACACCAGGUGUGGCUGGAUUCCUCACUCAGGGCAAUGCCAGGGUCAUGUCCUCCACGCCCCCUUCAGUCAACAACACCCGCAGACAGCCGGAGCUACCUUGAAUAAAACUCAGCAUACCAAAUAGAAAUUUUUGAUUUUUUAUGUUAGGGUCUAGAUUUCAAAGAUCUUAUUUUCACAAGCAGCAUUGUCCAUGGAUGGAUAUUUAGAAAACUGACCUUCUUGACAUAAGUGACAAACUGCCAUAGAAUAUUUGUGCGGAAGCUUGCUUUGUCAUAUUGUUUUAAUACAGUGCUCAUCUGCAGUAUUUGAAUACUGGAUUUAUGGAUCUUCACAGCAAAAAAGUAAAAUGAAGUAAAAUAAGUUGAUAAAACAAAACAGAAAAGAAUGUUAAAUGUAUUUUAGGAAUGAAAUAUUCUCUGUAUAACUAAUUUUACUCAGGUCUGUAAAAUCCCACCAAGUACUCUUUAAUUUACCAUAUUCUUUGUGAACUAUUUUUUCAUUCUUGCUAGAAAUCCUUCUUGAAUUCCUAACACCAGAGUACAAUUAUUGCUGUUUACAUAGUCAUACACCACAGACACACGUAUUCAUAUACACACACACAGAAACACACAAGGUCACAAAUACACAUGCACAUGCACACACUCACACGUGCACACACACACACACACGUGCACACACGCACACGCACACAUGCACACGCACACACACACACACACACACACACACACACACACACACACACACACACACACACACACACACACACACACACACACACACACACACACACCACACACACACACACACACACACACACACACACACACACACACACACACACACACACACACACACACACACACACACACACACAAUUAAGAAUACCUAUAAGAAUGCCCUGCGAAUUAUUUGCUAAAAACCUGGUAAUUUGAAAUUCAUAUUAACCUUUCCAUCAGCUUUUUAGAAAAUGUAUGAUUUUCUUCUACAGUUAAGCUUUUCAAAUGCACUCCCAACAUCAAUACAAUAUUUUUUAAAGACUGUGAAACCUAAUACAAUUGUAGGAUCAUCUAGGGUAGCCUGUUUACUUUCUGACACUGGUGGCUAAGAUAUUGCAUGCCUACUUGCAGCUUGGGAUAAGACAUCUGAAAGACUGAGUAGCACCUUGAAGUACAUGCAGACUUUGCAAUCAAAGGAUAGUUGAUUAAAUAAUUUGUACUACAAAUCUCACAUCAUGAAAUUUUCCUUUCAGAGAUUUUUGGGUAUGAUUUUAUAAAUAAGGACUACAUGUUUUAGUCAAUCAUGAAUUGCUUAUUUGUUGUUGUGAUUGUGCAUUCAGGCAAGUUCAUAUUGUGGUUAGGUAUUAACCUACCAGUUGUGCAGAAUGAUCUGAUUAGCACAAAAGAAGUUGUGACAGUACUUUCCAUGCAGUGGUCAUGGGUACAUCACACUACUGGAUUCAUUGGUCAGUUAUGUAUGCCUGUCAGCAUUUCAAGAUUUGCUACUGUUUGAAGCUGGAAAGAGAAUGCUCCACCGUAUGUAUGGCUAAGCUUGUGCAUCUGUUUUCUGCUUGAUAUUUUGAUGCAUUGCAUCAGUAGCUUGUGUUUAAAAAAUAUUUAUAUUGGUCAUAAUAUAUAAGAUAAAGCGUUAUUAAAUUAUAAAAAAUACCAGUGUUGCUCAUGCAUAUUGGAAUCUUUAAAGAUGAUGGAGAAAAGGUAGAUAAACAUUGAGCAUUAUACUAGGGAUUUAAAUUUAUUAGGAUCUUAAUUUUUAUUUCAUAUCUUUAUAUAGUUAUUUUUCAGUUCAUGUGUCUGUAUAUAUUUAUUUUCUUUCUUUCUUUCUUUCUUUUUUGACCUUGUAAAAUUAAGAAUGUACAGGGGAGGUAACCACCAUAAAUUGGAGUAAAAUUGGUCAUUACUAAGUGAAGCAUGAUUUUUUAUUAUUUCUGAAAUGAUUAUCAAUAUGAUAAUUAUUUUAUUAUAUUUUUAAACAUUCCAAUUUUGCAUAUAAUGAAAAGCUGAACAAGUUUCCCUUUUUUUCUGAUACAAUAAUUUUUGUCAUUUUUCAGUUUAUUAGAUUUGUGAUAAAAUGCUGUCUAAACAUUUAUAACUUGUAAAGCAUUGUAUAUGGUCUUAUUUAUACAUAUGAAUGGAAUACACAUACACACCCACACUAAGGCACAGUUGUACUGUCAUGUUCUAUGUAUGUUUAUUGAAUAUGAAUACUCAUGCAUGUAGCACUAUUAUACGUUAAAUAUAGCUGCAAAAUUUUGUAGGUAAAAAUGAGAUUACUCCUUAGUUUUGUAUUUUGUAGCUUAUAGAAGAGGAUUUCAGAUUGCAGUAAAUUUUAUAUACAAAUAUUUUUCUUAAAAUAUUAAGUGGGUGCUGGAUUUACUGCAAAAUUCCAUUUCUUUUAUCCAGACUAACUGUGCACAGUAGUUACAUAGUCUUAUACAGUGGCUUCAUUAGGUGGGUGUGUUCUUUUGUAGACACAGCACAGAAUAUUUUCUAGGCACCAAAUUUAUUGUUUUUCACAUAAAUGUAAUGACAAGGUCAUUCCUUCAUGACUAUUCACUUAUUUCUUCUGAAAUUUAUGUAAAUAUGAAAUUAUUUUUCCUGCUUUUGUUUAGUUUUACCAGACAGAUAAAUAAUGCAUUAUAAAAUUUAACAGCACCCAAAUUACCUCUCCAUACAUAGAAUAUACCCUAUAUAAGCAGACAAAAUGAACGAGAAAUUAAUGUUGUUUUUCUGUAAUAUUUAAACAAUAUUCUAAAGCACAUGCCUGCAAUAAGAGGGAGGGUAAUUAGAAGUUAUAUUUAGUGGUAUAUAUUGAAAAUGCAAGUGGAUAACAAAGUAUCCACAUAUGUAGUGCUGCCAUAUAUGCAUGUGUAUAUAUGUAAUUAUUUUAUGUUUCUUUCAGUUUUAAUAUCUCAUUGGUUAGUUACAAAUUCUUGAUUUCUUAAAAGUUCAGUGCAUGUUGAAUAAAUAAUAGUUUAAUUAUUUUGUUAGUAGAUGAUGAAGUGUCUAUGCUGUUCAGCUUCAUAAUUUAUUCUUCUUUAUGAUUAUCAGAAAGAGCCCCUUGGUAAUCCAAACAUGUUAAGUGAAGACCCUUAGUUGUUAGUGGACUUGUUUUGCAGCACUGUAACUGAGGUAAUAUGUUUACAUUCAAAUAUCAUUUUUUUCAAUACUAGCAUUUAAAAAGGAAAAAGUCUAAUUUGUUAUUUAAAUAAAUGCCUUGGCGUAUUGCCAUUACAUUUCCAGUGUAUAUUAAUUGGGAUACCAACAUAGUUUUGUAUCCUUUUAUAUAUUAUUAUUCAUCCAUAGUUUUGAUUGUUUAAUAAUGAAUGGAUUAGAAAGAACAGAAAAUAGUACUCACUGCAAAAACAAUAGUAAUUAGAAGGUUUAUAUCAGAGUAUGUGUUUCAUUGAGUUUAUUCUUAUUGAUUAUGAAUGGCAAAGAAAUUUAUGGGAGUAAAAGAUCUGUAAAACUAUUUACAAGCUGUCCUGUGAUGUAGGGAACAAUGGUUGUAGGAUAAUGUAUAUAACCAAUUUUUAUAAUUGUCUAUAAUAAAGAUUGUUACAAUAUUAAGUGAAAAUAAGAACAUUAUGUUAUAUGCAGUGUUCAUGACACUUGGAGAUGAAAAAAUAUUAAUUUAAAAGUUAAA